CCCGGAAAACCUUUCCUCUGGGCUAUAAGUAGCCCGGGUGCCCGUGUCCCUGCUCCCUACGUGCCCCGGGCCGCCAUGGAGAGCCACCCCCAGUCCGUCAGCGUCAACAUGCAGCCCUACGGCUGGAACAGGGCAGGUUCCCCGGCCACCGCCUUCGGCCCCACCGUCACCCCCGUUGUCCAGCCGCAGCCCGCCCCCAGCCCCCCGGACUUUGUGCUCUGGUCCUUCUUCAACGCCAUGUACUGCAACUACUUCUGCCUGGGCUUCAUCGCGCUCGUCUUCUCCAUUAAGUCCAGGGACAGGAAAAUGGCCCAUGACCCAGAAACUGCCAGAAGCUACGGGAAGACAGCCAAGCACCUGAACAUCGCCGCGGUCUGCCUGGGCACCGUGUUGACCAUCAUACUUACCGUGGUGCUUCUGGUCAUCUACUCCAACAGCCUGCGGCUGGUCGGCAGCGUCUGACCCCGUCCCACCGAGGAGCAGCAGCACCGGGGCCCACCUGGGAAGCCACGUGUCUCCCCUGGGACCUCCCUCCCGGCUCCCAUCGGACACGGGGGUGACCUCAGGACCCUCCUGGUGCACCCCGAGACAAAAACACUUCCACAUGAACACUGACUUUCACAGCAAAUAAAGCUCCUUGACCACCCUUCUCCUUAGGCACGUCCUACUUUUGGGUUUUGGGGGCUGUUAUUCCCCCUGAGCAUCCCCACCUCAGGGGGGGCCAGGGCCACCCCAUAACUCAGACGAGUGGGGAGGAGAGCUGAGCAAGGAAGAGCAGCAGGAAAGGGGGUGCGUUGUUGGUGCUGG